AUGCUCAAUAUUUUUCGUGUCCGAUCACACCUUACCAUCCUAGGGAUAGGUGCAGCUAAAGCUGGCCAUACCAGGGGAUGUGCAACUCUCACUCUGCGCUCAUACCACUCGGAUCAAUCACUCACGAUAAAGGCUCACAUCCUCAGUGGCUUAACUGCUCGAUUACCAUCUGACCAAGUCCAAAAUACCGACUUGGCACAGUACUCGCAUCUCACGCUCGCAGAUCCAGAGUUUGGAACCCCAGGUCCAACGGAUGUCAUCCUUGGAGCUGAUUACUACGGCCAGGUCAUCACUGGCGAGAUCAUCAAGUGCAAAUCUCCUGGAUUACUCGCUCAAAAUACCAUCUUUGGCUGGAUUAUCAUUGGUCCAGUCCAAGCUCGGCUCAACAAACCACUGAGAAUUCAUCAUGCUGUCUCCAAUCAUCAUGAUCAAGAUCUUCAAGACUUAUUAACUCGAUUCUGGCUCCCAGAAAAGGUCAGUCCAACUCAACUACGCUCAUUAACUCCCGAAGAAGAGGCUUGUGAAGCUCACUCCCGGGACACUCACACUCGAGACAGUUCUGGCAGAUACAUCGUCAGACUGCCAUUGAUAUCAGACCCGCAACAGCUGGGGAACUCAUACACAGCAGCUCGUCGCUGCUUACAACACCUCAUGCGACGUCUUGAUCAUGAUGCUCGGCUCAAAACACUCUACAUGAAUUUCAUGGCAGAAUAUCUCGAACUCAAGCAUAUGGUGCCUGCGGCAUCAUCUACAUCAUCAAUUCAAUACUUCCUACCCCACCAUGGGGUACUGAAAGAAGACAACAACAACUUCAAGAUCCAUGUGGUCUUCAACGGCUCAAAACCAACCAGCUCAGGACUCUCACUCAACGACAUCAUGCAUACCGGGCCAAAAUUACUCGUUAACAUCUUCGACGUACUCAUCAGCUCACGACAACACCGGUUCUUCUUUAUCACAGAUGUCACCAAAAUGUAUCGACAAAUUCUAGUUCACGAAAAGGACCAGGGUCUGCAACAAAUACUCUGGUUUGAUGAGGAAGGAAACAUCAUUCCCUUCAAACUCACUACAGUUACUUAUGGGACGAAAUCAGCUCCAUUUCUCGCUGUUCGAGCCCUGCUUCAAUUAGUCGAAGAUGAAGGACAUCGAUUCCCACUCGCAAUCGAUCCACUCAGAAAAGGACGGUAUGUCGACGACAUUUCCGGAGGCGCAGAGGAUCUCGAGUCAUUGCAAGCAGUUGCAGAUGAUAUCGAGGGUCUGUGCAAGGCGGGCGGAUUCCCACUCGCCAAAUGGGCAAGCAAUCAUCGCAAACUACUUCAGCUCAAUCGUGCGGAAGUGAUUACACAAUAUAAAAUUGAGGAUCCAGAAGUCAGCACCAAAAUUCUUGGGAUGUACUGGUCUUCAAACAAGGAUCAAUUCUCGUUCAAACACUCGCCACCAUGCUCAACUCAACCAUGCACGAAGCGUGCAAUUUUAUCAGAGAUUGCUCAGAUCUUUGAUCCACUGGGAUUCUUAUCACCACUCAUAAUUCAAGCCAAAAUGUUCAUGCAGGAACUUUGGCUUGUAAAACUCGGCUGGGACACUCCAUUGUCUGCCGAACUGCGUCAGAAAUGGAUUUCAUUCAAGACUCAACUCAACAUGAUUCACAUCAUCAAGAUUCCCAGAUGGAUCCACUCGUCCACGAACUCGGCUCUAGAAAUCCAUGGAUUCUCCGAUGCCUCGCAAUUGGCGAUGGCUGCGGUAGUUUUUAUCAAGGUCCUACCAACAACUCGAUCUCAGAGAGCAAAGGUUACGCUGCUUUGCUCUAAAACCAAGGUGGCACCGUUGAAACCCCUAACGAUUCCACGCUUGGAACUCACCGCGGCUCACAUGUUGGCAAAACUCGUCAAACACUGCCAGACUACUCUCAACUACUCGCAUGUGCCAACAUAUCUUUGGACCGAUUCAUCAAUCACGCUCACGUGGAUACACUUGCACCCGUCUCGCUGGAAAGACUUUGUCAGGAAUAGGGUGUCAUUUAUUCAAGAACUCAUUCCAGAUGGCCACUGGAAGUUUGUCCCUGGCACUGACAAUCCAGCAGAUUGUGCAACUCGAGGCUUGACAACCAGUCAGCUUAAAACUCAUCAACUAUGGUGGUCUGGCCCAUCAUGGUUGCUCGAAGACUCGCCGUCCUGGCCAACCAGUCCUAUUCAUGUAGAUGCAGAUACUCACCUGGAAGAACUUCCAGUCAAAUCACUCUACGUUUCGGCUCAACCACUCAACUCGGCUUGGACACUUAUGGAACGUCCAAUCCCACUAUUGCGUAUGCUCAGAGUUACAGCAAUUUGUGGGAGGGUACGCGAUAUAAUCAAACGCAUACCACACUCGACUCUCGCUCGUCCACUCACAUCAACUGAAAUCAACCGCGCACUCCAGUUCUGCAUCAAGGAAACUCAACGUAUUCAUUUCUACUCUGAACUCCAAUUACUCGCAAAACAGGCAUCAUGGCCAAAGGAUCACCCAUUUGCUCGGUUGGUGGCUUAUCAAGACACCGAUGGCAUCAUCCGAGUAGGGGGGAGAUUGGAAAAUGCUCCAAACUCAGAUCAACAGAAGCAUCCUGCAAUUCUACCUCGUGAUGCUGCUCUAACUCGACUCGUCAUCUCUGAUGCCCAUCAGCGUACCAUGCAUGGUGGUACUCAACUCACACUCGCUCAUACUCGACUCCGAUACUGGAUCAUUGGUGGACGUCAACCAGUACGUUCACACAUACUCAAAUGUCUCGUCUGUGCUCGUCAUCGAGGUGUUCGCGCUCAGCAAUUAAUGGGACAACUCCCAACUCAACGUGUCACUCCAGCGCCACCAUUUUCUCACACUGGAGUCGAUUACGCUGGUCCAGUAUCAAUAAAAUCAUGGAAAGGUCGAGGAUCCAGGAUAUACAAGGGCUGGAUCUGUGUGUUUGUCUGUCUGACCACAUCAGCAGUUCACGUCGACCUUGUCAGCGACUACUCAUCAUCAGGAUUCAUAGCAGCUCUCCGACGGUUUAUUCACCGUCGAGGGGUAUGUACAGCGCUCUACAGCGACUGUGGAACAACAUUCCAAGGCGCGUACUCUGAACUCAAGCGGCUCUUCACUCAAGGCACUCAAGAAUCUCAUGCUCUACUCGAUUGGGCCACUGUGCAUCAAAUCAUAUGGCAUUUCAAUCCUCCUACUGCUCCCCAUAUGGAUGGUAAAUGGGAAGCCGCAGUGAAAUCGGUGAAACAUCACCUGACUCGCACACUCGGAGAAUCAGCCUUCACGUUUGAAGAACUUACGACUCUUCUAACGCAAGUGGAGGGGAUUUUGAACUCGAGACCAUUGGAGGCUCUAUCAGACGAUCCUCAGGAUCCUUCAUCGCUCACUCCGGGUCACUUUCUCAUUGGGAGACCAAUCGUUGCCAUCCCUGAACCUUCACUCAUGGAUACAGAAGUAUCAAGACUCUCUCGCUGGCAGUUCAUUCAGCAACGUGUCCAGCAUUUCUGGAAUCACUGGUCUACCAGCUACAUUCAACGUCAUCUGGCUCGAACCAAGUGGCAUCAUGCUCGCAAUGACAUCAAACUCGGCUCACUAGUCCUUCUCACUGAUGAACGAACUCCACCAACUCGAUGGCCACUCGCGAAAGUGACUGCACUCCAUCCAGGGAAGGACAACCUCACUCGAGUGGUAACCAUUCAAACAGCCACUGGUACUCUCACUCGUCCAAUUGCCAAGCUCGCACUCUUACCACUGGCUCCAGAACCAGAUGCCUAA